AUGUCUCGUGCCCCUGUCCGAUUGAAUGUUUACGACAUGUACUGGUUGAAUGAUUAUGCAUCGACGGUCGGAUUUGGAGUCUAUCACACAGGCAUCGAGGUGUACGGUGUAGAAUACGCAUAUGGUGGACAUCCGUUUGCAUUUUCGGGAAUUUUCGAGAACACUCCCAAGGAUGCAGAGGAACUGGGGGAAAAUUUCAAGUUUAAGGAAAGCAUUUUGAUUGGAGAAACCGAUUUUACUGCAACCGACGUGAAGCAUUUAAUCCAAAUGCUGGGACAUGAGUACAGAGGUGAUAAGUACCAUCUGAUUUCCAAAAAUUGCAAUCAUUUCACAGCAGCGCUUGCAAAGGUAAUCAAAAAUUUUGAGCCCAUUUUUUUUAGCUAA